GUGGGACGGAGCUAACUAGAAAUAAUCUGUACACCGCAGUUUGACUAGGUAGCUAUAGUCUAAACUAGAUUACUGGAUGUAACAAAUUAGUUUAAUUGCUAGUUAUUGACUGUUAUUUUCGACAAAGUGCAGUGAUUGCAUGGAUAUUACUGUUGCAUAGAAACAUAGCCCAGUAGGCUACUGUACUCAGUCGUACAAUAGUAGGUCAAGACGAGGAAAGCCAAGAUACCGGAGCGUGUCAUGUGUUUCUGACAGAGCCGUCACAGCGAUUUUAAUGUCAAUAGCUAGUGACCAGCUAGCUACACAAGCAUCAUCUUCCUUCUUAUAUGUUUUAGACCCAAACACAUCUCACGACCGAUGUGUACGCUGUGCGUCUCCCUCUGUCUAGUUCCGGCGCUAGUGCUGCUAUUGUCAUCCCGUUAUCGUGUCUCUCUGACCGCGCUAUGUCGGCGUGUGUUGCAUCGGCUGCUGAAGUUAGCUCGGAGGAAGGUGUGUGUGAGGAGCACUCACUCUUUCGUGUUUUCCAACUGCACCCACGGCAAGCCUGACAGUGUCCUGGAAACCUUUGACCUCUAUGCCGAGACACACCCCUCCCUUAGCCUCUGCCCACAGGAAGGGGAGGUGCUGGAUGAGGUGGUGAGGCGCGUGGCUCCGCUGUGUGUGCUGGAGCUCGGGACCCACUGUGGCUACUCGUCCAUCCGGAUCCUGCGCCUGCUGCCCCCUGGUGGCCGGCUGCUCACGGUGGAGCAGGACGCUCAGAGCGCUGAGCUGGCUGAGGAGCUCAUACUGGUGGCUGGCUUCAAGCACACCCAGUUCCAGAUCCUCACCCAGCCCUCGGCGGAGGCAAUCCCAGCCCUCAGCUCUCAUCUGGGGCCGGAUGCCCGCCUGGACCUGAUCCUGAUGGACCACGACCCCCAGCAGUACCUCCUUGACCUGCUGCUCCUGCAGAGGCUGGGCCUCCUCAGCCCGGCUGGCUGCGUGCUCCUGGUCUGCAGGCCCCAGGGGCCCCGGAGCCUCUUCCCCCUGCUGGAGCACCUCAGGGCCCCAGCCUGCUCCGUCAGGGCCCGGGCUCCAGGCCUGCUGGAACUGAACUGUCACUCAGACCGCCACGAUGGAGGGGAGGGUUCAUAGUGGGGUUGUGUCUCGUGUUAGGUGUGACAUACUGUGAUUUUGUGCUCGUUUUUGUGAUGGUGACAUUGGCUAUUUUGUUAGUUGUGAAUUUGCAUGGAAUACUGUGAUUUUAGUAAUUCCAUCAUUUGGUCAUGAUUUGAUGAGGAGUCUUGACUCAAUUGCUAACAUUUUUGUAGUCAUCAAAAUAGUUUUUAGGUAAAUACUCUAAUGCAUAUUUUCUACU